AUGGCGGCAGGCGUGGAGUUGGGCUUCGCGGUGGCCGCGGGGCCGGAGGGUGCCUGGCGGCUGCGCAGCGCAUACUUCCCCAGCAAAGUCGGAGGGCGGCCGGCGUGGCUGGGCGAGGCCGGACUGCCGGGCCCUGCAGCCCUGCGCUGCGGCCGCUGUCAGCAGCCCUGCGCCUUUCUGCUCCAGCUGUACGCGCCGUUGCUAGACCGCCCCGACGCCUUCCACCGCACCCUCUUCGUGUUCGCCUGCCGCGGUGCCGGCUGCUACCGCUUGCCAGGCCCGCGGGGACCUCUGUGCGUGUUCCGGAAUCAGCUGCCACGACGGAACGACACUUACCCCGAGGAGCCACCCCCGGAGGGGCCUCCGCCGGACCCUGCUGCCGCCUCCGCGCCCCCUCGCCGGCUCCGCUGCGGCGCCGCGCUCUGCCGCGUCUGCGGCUGCCUGGGACCCCGCGCUUGCGGGCGCUGCCGCCGCGCCACCUACUGCGGCCCCGAGCACCAGGCGCUAGACUGGCGGCAGGGGCACCGGCGGACUUGCGGGCAGUCAACCAACGAAGGUGACACAGCAGAUGCAGUUCUAGAGCACAAUGACUUCCUUUUCCCAGAAUAUGAAAUUUUGAUAGAACCUGAGGAACCAGACUCUCCUGUUGACAGCAGUGUAGAUCCCACUGAUGAACAAAGAGCUGUAGAUCCCUUUGUUCCAUCAAAGGGCCCAAAAGAGCAAGAGGAACUCAGAGCUACAAGUAGUGCAGGUGAAGCAUUUCAGUCCUUAGAUGAAGAGACAUUGGAAGCAAUGGCAAAACAUGAGACUAAAGACGACAAGAUCUUCCAGAUGUUUAAAGAAAUAAUAGCUGCUGAACCAGAGCAGAUUAUUAGAUACUGCAGAGGAGGAGAAGGCCCAGUCUGGGUCUCAGGUGGAAAUAUUCCUGAAGAAAAAGACAUCCCAAAUUGUUUAUGUGGUGCCAAAAGGAUUUUUGAAUUCCAGAUUAUGCCACAACUGCUGAACCACCUUAAGGUUGACAGCCUUGGAGAGAGCAUUGACUGGGGAACACUGGUGGUGUACACUUGUGCUGACAACUGCAGUGAGGGAAAUGAGUACCUAGAAGAGCUCAUAUGGAAACAAGACUUCUCUGCAGGCUCUGUUUAACAUCCAUCAAGCUACUAAGUUGAGUCUUCUAAAUAGAGUACUUGCACUGCUUCAGUGCAUCCCUGCACUUUGCAAAACGGUAACCAAGCCUGUCACCAGUAACUGUGCAUCUUGUAACAGUGAUAGAACUGCUAAAAGUAGACCAUGACAACCUCUCUUGUGCUCCACAGGAGCUUUUACUUCAACCUAGUACUGAAGCCAGAUGUAUGCGUUCAGUGAAUUUCACUUCAAAUCUCAAC